AGCCUAAAUGCCCAGGGCUGCUCAGCCUUCAGAAGGGCGCUCAAUCAAAAGUCUGCAACCUCGAGAUCAUAAGCUGGAUAAGGCACGGAGGCAGAGGCACCUGUUUUCAGCUGAGAACCACGGGGAGAUGAGACAAUCAGCGAGAGGUAGAAACAGGCCACAAUGAACAUUUUUAAGGGUGUGGCGGGGUUGUUGCGCAAAGGCUCUUCUGGGGCUUUCACUGAUCUCAUUGCGGGGGAAGCACACGGGCCGGGUGUUGGCUCCCCUUCGUUCAUUGACAUUCAAUUCAGGAAGGAAGGCGAAGAGGAACUCUUAGAUGAUUUGUGGCAGGAGUAUCAGGGAGCAUCCAAGGAAAAGUCAGCCAAGUCCUUCGACGCUUUCCUGCGAGAGUUCAUUCGCACAUAUGAAGACUGGACUCCACUGGACACCCCUGGCGAGAUCGCUGGGGGAGGUGCAAGUAGUGGCGGAGAAGACCUCCGCACGCCCGCGGUUGGGUGUGAAACGGGCCACCCGACCAGGGUGGUCGUGGGGUUUGUCCAGGAGCUCAAGAAUGUGACACGAAUCGUCACUGAUGCAGCUGGCUCAGCCGAGGAGCCCCAGCCACUGAAAGCCCAAACCACCGAAGCGGGGCUGAACCUUCUCCACGCACUCACAAUUGCGACUCGCUCCGCACAUAACCGCAAGGUCUUUGCCUUCUUUGAUGGCUUCCAGGCCCUCAUGCGGUUAAUGAAGACCGCCGUCGUGCGCCUCAAGUCCCUGGCCAACACAGUCUCCCCCGACGCCCGCCCCUCCCUUGCCACGUACACCCAGCUGACCUUCCUCCAGUGCUUAUUGGCCCAUAUCGUAUCCGUGGCGGCCAACUAUGUCGACGCUCAUAUGCGGGCCAUCCAGAGGAGCGCCUCUCAGGCCCAGCUACCCAGUGGCGAUGAGGGUUUCGGGUUUGGUGAAUCGACAGUGUUGAGGGAGGGCUAUUUCUUCGAGGGGGGUAGCCGAGACGGGAGUAGGCCCACGAGCCCAAAGGGGGAAAGGGCGAAGGGCGGGGUCGAGGCGGUGCCGUUGCUCGAAAGCGGGGGGCUUAACCAUUUCGUUGACCUGCUGAGCCUGCUGCGCGAGCUGCGCGCGAAGCGGACACUCUCGGACAAUUCUCUCGAGCAGCUCGCCCUCCGGACCCUCCGCUCCGCCUUCACCGGCAGCCCGCGCGUUCAGAACCACUUCCGCAGCAUCGGGGGGCUCGACCUUCUGGUCCAAAACCUCGGCUGGCCGGCGCUCGACGAAGACGACUUGACCAACCCCGAGGGUUUGGAGUCGCUCGAGCAGCUGGGGGACGCGCUGACGCUGGAGUAUCGGAUGCAGCUGCUGACGCUCCGAGUUCUGCGAGAGGCGGUGCACCGCAACCUGGCGAGCCUGCAGCGGGUCCACGAGAUCGGCGGCUUCAAACGCCUCACCGACAUGCUCCGCUGGGUGGCCCGCACUUUUCCCGAGGUCAGCUCGCCCCAAACUGGCGGACAAAACGCCUCAGGAAACGCCGAGAAAGCGAGUUCUCGGACAGGGGAGGACAAGGGGAAAGUCGCUUGGACGUCCAAAGGUGGAGCGCUCGCGAGCAAGGUGUCGAGCGAGGACCUGUCGGCGCUCCCCACGGAGGUGCUCGCGUGGAACCGCGAGGUUGCGGAAGUGUGCAAGGUGCUGUGCUCGCUGCUGACGUCACCGGACGGGACGCUGGGGCCGGCGGUCAGCAGCGCGGGCGACCCAGCCACUGGGCAGGCCUACUGGGAUUUCGCGCUGCGACGGCUGGUCGACGUGUUUUUGGGCGCAUUCGAAGAGAAAGAGACGGACGGGGAGCAAGAUCACGAAGCACUGGAGCUCUUCAAGAAGGACUCGACGACGCUCCAGCACUAUGUGCUGCACAUUUUUCGGCGGAUCCUGACCGUCACUCCCAGCACGCUGGACGUCUUCAGGGAAAGCGGCACCUGGGAGGUUCUGCUAUCCGAGUCCUUCUUCUACUGGGGCGCCCACAGCGCGGACAAGAGCCUCGAGCACGUCGCCGAGGUUGCGUCUGAGGCACAAGGGGGAUCCCCCUCGCCACGGGGCUCAAAGCCAAGCCCACAACCGGCGGAACAUGAAGCAGCUUCAGGGGGUUCGGUUGAGGAGAGUGUCAGCCCCCGGGCCUGGGGCGAGGAGAGGCGGCGGCUGUCAUUUUCUCCUCGGACCGGCGUACAGUUCGAAGAGACGGAACGAUUAAGCGGGCCGUCUGGUAGUCAGCCCGUUGCAAGCACGUCCGGACGGGAGGGGCCGGAUCUAGAUUCCGGUCGACGGACUUUCCGGGCGGGAAAGGAAGCAGCGACGGCCCCGAGUCGUGUGCAGAACGAGACUAACAACAAAACCCCAGGCUCUGAACAUGUCGGCUUCACGUUCACGAGUUCUGGGUAUCUGCGGAGCAAGCAGCCGGAUAGCCCCGAAGGCGAAGCGCUCCGUUUGGAGGUCCUGAGUUUCAUCGAAACGGCGGCGACGCUCGAGACCACGGAGAGCAACGCGCCCGAGUGUGCCGCGCUGCUGAGCACGCUGCGGCUGUGCGCAGGGUUGCCAGGUGUCGCCGCGCCGUUGGCCCGCUGCCUGGACCGCGUCCUCCAACUGGCGCCCGACAGGACGGUGAACGCUUUCGUCAACCAAAAGGCCGAGGCGCUGCUCGCUGACAUCAUGGAGGCUCAGCGGGAUAUCCAAAACGCCGCAGUGGUGCGCGCCAAGGGAGCACCUAAGUCGGCAAGGACCGUCCGGAGGGGGGCGGCUCCGCCCAGCCUUCCGGAAGGGGGGGGUGCGUUGGCGGGGCUCGUCGUGGAAACCUGGUGGCAGGCGCGGUCUGCGGUGUUUUCUCUGUUCGGGAGCUUUUUGGCAGCAUCGGCUGAGUCCCGGUCAGCUGCGGUGCACGAGGGGCGUGUCGUGAGCGUGUUGUUUGGCCUCCUGUUCGAAGAAAGAGCGCGUGCGUCCGCGCUCAAGUUCAUCACGCUCCUCAUGAAAGUGCCCCCCCGGAGCGAGGAGGACCGGGCCGCCAAGGCAGCGGUGUUCGUUCGUUACCUGGAAACCCUCCCCCGGGCUCGCGCCGACAUUUUUGAGGGGGGUUCCAGCGAGGGCCUUCUACACGACUUGUUGAUGGGCAUCCGGGAGGUCGUUUCCGCAGAUCCCCCCUACUACCAAAACUUGUUUCUCGAGGGGGAGUGCUUCGUGCAGAUCGUUUCGCUCUUGGGGGGUGAUCACCCGGCCGGAGUUGGGGAGUCCCUCUGCCUAGAAGUUCUUGCCACGCUCACAAAGCUCCUUGCUGGGAACGACGCGUGCAAAGCGGGGUUCCGGGAUCUGGUCGGCGCCGGUUACCCCACGCUGCAGAAAGUGCUCGUCGAGCGACACGCCGAGGGGCUGACACGUGGCCUCCUGGCGGCGCUUUUGGACAUGCUGAUGGACGGCGGGUUCGACGCUGACGCCGAUGACGUCAUCCGCAACGAGGACGUGGUGCCGCUCUUUAUUGGGGUGCUGCGGGAAGCGUCGUCGGGGCUGCAGUGCGAGGGGCUUGACAGCUUCCAGAAGCUGUUGCAGGGCAACGUGGCCAACGCUGCGUGCUGCGUGCGCGCCGGGCUGGUCAGCCUCGUCCUCGACUGGUUCCCCUCUAUCGCAAGCUCGCGCACGCGUGUGCGCGCCCUCUCGCUCGUCCAGCUGUGCGGGGCGCACAGCGUCUCCGGCAAGAACAUGUGCACUUUCUUCGGCCUCCUCCGCAGCGACCAAAACGGGGCCCGCCCGAAACACAGCGCGCUGCUACUGCAAACGCUGCAGAGGAUGGCGCAGAAAGAAGGCCCUGCGGUGUUCUUUGUCCUCAACGGGCAGGAUUCCGGGCUCCUCAUAAACUCCCCGGUGCGGUUUCCCUCGUCCCGGGGGUAUACCUUCACGGCCUGGCUGCGGGUCGAAUGCUUCCCCCCCGAAAGCGCGCCGAUGGGGCUGUUUCAGUUCCGGACUACGGACGGGCGAGGCUGCGGGGCAUAUUUACACCAGCAGGGCGUCAUUGUCCACGUGGCGAGCGGCGGGAAGUCGCAGACGGUCGCGUUGGGCUACCCGUUCCGGCUGCGGCGGUGGCACUUUGUGGCGAUUACGCACAACACGACACGGGCGCUCUCGGGGAGCCACGCGAAGCUGGUGGUGGACGGACAGGUGGCAAUGUCCGAAAAGCUCCGGUACCCCAAAAUCUCCGAACCCUUGAACCGCUGCAGCAUCGCCGCUGCCUGCCCCCUCCCUCCCGCCUCAGACGACGAACCCGCUCACUUCCACACCGAUACCAACCUCUCGUCGCCGUUCUGCGGACAGCUAGGCCCUGUUUACCUCUUCGACGACGCUCUGUCCACUUCCCAAGCGGCCGCGAUCCACCAAUUGGGGCCCAACUACAUGUUCUCCUUUCAGAACCAGGAAGUGGGCUGCGUGCCAGAUGGCGCGAGGAGGGAGAUCGUCGAUCUGAUGGACGGUCGAGAUGGGCUCGCGCCGCGGGUGGUGCUCGCGUACAAUGCGCAGGCCAGCCUCGGGAGGACGGUGUAUAACAACGCGCCGUUUGCGGAGCAGAGUGCGGAGCUGGCGUACGACGCGGCGAUCCUGGGGGGAACGCAGUUGUGCGUCACUAGGAAGAUGCAGGACGUUAUUCACUGCGUCGGAGGGAUCCCCUCGCUUCUCCCCCUCUUCACCCAGUUGGACCAACCGGUCGCCUCUUCCCCGGACCUCGACUCCGAGCCCACGAGCCCCGUUUCCCCCUCCAACUCCACCACUUCCCCCGAAGCCUUAUCUUCCCUCCAAAACGAAACUUCCAAGUCACUUGAUUUUGCUGUCGACCACAGCAUGGCAGUAGAAGUGAUCGGGGCGCUAAGUGCAAUGCUAACCAGCCACCCCGCUAACCAGGAGGACAUGCAUGCUAACCAGGGGUUUGCAGUGGUGGGUCACCAGCUGGAGCGGGUCUCGCCGCAGCACCUGACUGUAGAGUUUGUGCUCACGCUAGAGAAGCUGCUGACGAACAUCCAGGAGGCGCCAGGCCCUGUUUCGGACGCUCUCCUGGAGGACUGCCUCAUCAAAGUAUACCUCAAUUUCCGCCUCUGGAUCUACACGCCUUUCAUCGUCCAGCGCGAGCUGCUCAUCGCCCUGGCCCGCCACGUGGACAAGCAGCCGGCCCGGUUACGCAACCAUUGCGGGUUAGCCCAAACUCUGGAGAUUCUGCGUGAAUUCUACUGGGACAAGCCGACGAGCUCGGGCGCGGCUGGCGCCCGACCGCUGUACCAUCCGGUGACACAUGACGUCAUAGGGCAGCGGCCGGCCAGCCAGGAGGUGUCCCAGUUGCGUGGGCUCCUCCUAGGCAUCGCGGACCGCGUCAUGUCGGACGUCGGCCCCUCUCUCGCGGACGUCCGCGCCCUCGUCUGCUUCCUCGAAAAGAGCCGCGACGCCGCCGUGCUCGAAGACGUGCUCAAGACCGUCGUAACACGCGCCCAGAAGAGCCGGCCGUUUUUGACUUCAUUUGGCGAACACGUGGCAGCCUUGGGAGGGCCGCAGCUCUUCCUUGGGCUGUUGGCACGUGAGCAAGAACCACUGCGGCUGCUCGGGUUGCGGCUAAUCGGGUUACUGUUGGCGGCGGGCGUCGGGUGUAACGGUCGGGAAAAGAAAGAGCGGAAGGGCGCAAGAGACGCGGUGGCGGCUGUAGUUGCAAACAUAGCCGGGGGGAAUAGCUCGAUUGCGCAGGCGGUGCAGGGUGUUGACAAAGACACGGCGGAAAACAACAGCGCGGUGCUGACAGCUGUUGCGGAGAGUUUGCUCCCGACCGCUUUCACGGAGGCGCUGCGGGCAGCGCUCUUCGAGGUCCUGCUCGGGGGGGUGCCCGCGAAACCAAAGUCGUCCCCCCGAAAAGCGAGCAUCGUGUCCGGGGGGUCGAAGUCGUUUCACGAGCGGAUGUCUCCUGGAUAUGUCACGGGGCUCUUUGCGAGCCUGGGGGGUAAGACUGCCAGCCAGGGGGAUCCCCCGGAAGAUGACGUCAUCGGAGGUGGCCCCGCGGCAGCGCCCCCCUCGACGCGGAUCGCAAUCCCCCCAGUCGCUGAGAUCCUGCUCAAGUUCGUACUCAAGUGCGAAGAUUUCGCCGUGAGGAAAGACGUUUUGAGGGAGCUGAACAGGCUCGCGGAGGCGAGCCCCGCAAACCGGGACGCGCUGCUCUCUCUGCCUGACUGGCAGGAACGGCUGUUCGACUUGAUGGCCGACGAGUUCGCAAAGGCAAACGGGGAGGGAGCGGCUGCGGCGCUCAAGGAAACAGCCCACGAAGAGGAGAUCAUGGUCCGGACGCUCUUCCGAACGCUGCACGUGCAUUGCUGCGUCCAAGUCAAGGCCGGGUGGCGCCACCUGGAGCGCACAGUCAACUUCCUGCACGCGUUUUCGGAGCGGGAAGCGCUCCCCGGGUUCUAUAUUCUGCACGAUCUGCUAUCCGACCUCGUCGGCUUAUUGCUCGAGAUUCCCCCGACCCAGUCCGCGCUCAACCAGCAGCCGCUCCGCGAUUGCGUCGCUUAUAUCUUUUCGCUGACAGACGAGCUUGUAAUGGGCGAUCUAUUAAAGAUCUCGCCCGCCCCUCCAUCCUGGGACCGACGACAAUCGGACGAUCCACCGUCGUCCGAUAUCGCUCUGCUGUCCGGAGAUUACAUUGACGUCGGUCUGGGGUCGUUGCUCUCGCCCACAAAAAUGGGGGGAGAGAACACAGCACCCAAGUCUCCUACCAGUGCAGAAUUCCCCGCUACCCCUAGUUCCAGCGCCUCCAGUCCCAGGGUCACCAGCAAGCGCACCUCAUUUGGAGCAGCAACCGCCGAAACGCCCAGUCGGCGCGGAUCCUAUGACGUGGCAACGCCGGACUCCGCCACGCCAGCCCGGCGGAAAUGGCUCCGUGGGGCGUUUGCAAACGGGAAAAUGGUCAUGCGCACUCCUAGUUGCUGGGCGCUGUACGACCAGAUCUGGAGACUCCUCGAAGCGAUUCACGGAAUUCGGAAGGGGCCUAGCGCCGGCGGAAACGAAGCCCGGCUGCUGCCAGCGCCCCAGUCGCCCACCUCGGGAAGCUCCAGCGGUUCCUCCCGGGUGGCGGCCCUGCGGGAGAAGGCUAAAGGGUUUGUGGACUCGCUGGAGCAGAAGGCGGCGGAGUUGACAAGCGGGCAGCCUCAGUUUGCGGCGGGGGUCCAGACGAAGCUGAGCAGCGCGAUGCUCGACAGAGUGGUGAAGGGGCGGGGCGAGCGGUGUCCCAGGAUUGUGUACAGACUUGUGUUGCUCUACCUGAAAGAGUGCGACCUGGAGGGCGCCAGCCGGUGCAUGCAGCAGUUCCUGGCGCUCCUUCCCGGUUUGCUGGGCCCCGCCGGGGGCGGCCAAAACGAGGCGACCGCCAACCGGCUGCAGCACUUUCUCUGGUCGCUGCUCGACGUGCGCGCGAGCGUGGGGCAGAUGGACAACGGGGCGCGCUUCUACGUGGUGAGCCAGCUGCUGCGAGAGACGGUGGAGCAAGGGAAGGGCGCGCUCGCGAGCAAUCUCAACGACCAGAGCUGGCUCUCGGUGCGGACGUCCGUGGUGGAGUCGGGGGAGAGCGCCAGCACCAUCCACAGACUACUGCAGCAGGACCGCGUGAUUGCCGCCGUCAAGGACGAGUCCAGUUACGUCGCCGCGAUCUCCGCCCAACGCAGCCGCGAAAUUUACGCCCUCCAAUCGGAGCUCUCGGAAGCUGCGUCCGCCGAAACCCGCUGCCGCACGCAGAUGGAGGAAGCGCGCCAGCUGGCGGUGACGUCAGCAGUGACGUCAGACGCGUCCCGGCGCGCAGUUGCGCAGCUCGCGGCGGACGAGGAGCGGGCGGCGGUCGCGAGGCACUGGACGCACAUGUACAGGGAGCUGACAGAGGCGCGGGGGCCGUGGGCAGCCGAGCCGGGGGGCGGCGAGGCAGGGGCCAAGUGGAAGAUGGACCGGACAGAGGACCGCUCUAGGCGGCGACUGAAGCUCAAGCGAAACUACGACUUCGACGAGAGCCUACAGCAGCCAACCCAACAGAAGACCGACAGGACAUCCGAGAGCGAAGCUCCGGCAGGUGGCGCCUCUUUACCCAUCCUUAAAGGCCUGAGGGGUUUGGUCGCGCAAGCAUGGGGCAAAGAGGGGGACGAUCUCGCAGAGGACGAUCCCCCCGAAAGCGCGAGUGCGGAGUCCGACCUUCCUGGGGGGGAGGAACCCGGGGCGAUCGACCCCCACGCCGCGGCGGAAGAGUUCGAGCGCAACGACAGCAUGCGGCGGCGGCGCGAGAGCGGGGCCAAGGCCGGGGCGUCGGGGAACGACGCUGACGUGGACCAGGAGGUGCUGAUGUCAGCGCCGUGCGUGCUGGUUCGGGCGCAGGGGAAGGUCGCCGGGCGGUUAGAGCUGACCAAAACGGCGGCCCACUUUUACGGGGAGUACGAGGUGGAAGGGAGCGGGGGUACCAGCGUUUUUGAGGGGUUGGAAAAGGGCAAAACUGGGGGAAAGGAUCGGAUACUGGAGAGUUUGCUGUCGGUGAAGCCGAGAGGCGGGGAGGGGAAGAACGGGGAGCCGGACCGGGUUAAGAAGCACCGGGUUUGGGUUCUGAAGGAGGUCAAGGAGGUGCACCUGAUGCGGUACCUGCUGCGGCACAGUGCGCUGGAGCUGUUCUUUUACACGGCGCAGCGGCCGGUGUUCUUCAACUUUCCCUCCAACAAGGUCGCAAAAGACGUGGCUCAAGCUCUCUGCUCCCUCUCCCCGCUGAUCGAUGCGCGCGCCGCAGGCCUCGGCAUCUCCGGCACGGCCCUCAUCGACAAGCGCCGCUCGCUGGAGCUCGUCGAGCGCGCGCGCGACGCGUGGCGCCGCCGGGAGCUCUCCAACUUCGACUACCUCAUGGCGCUCAACACGCUCGCGGGCCGGACGUACAACGACCUGACGCAGUACCCGGUCUUCCCGUGGGUGCUGUCCGACUACGCGUCCGAAAAGCUGGACCUGUCCGACACGUCCAAGUAUCGGGACCUGAGCAAGCCGGUGGGGGCGUUGGAUCCGAAGAGGCUGGAGACGUUUGAGGAGCGGUUCCGCGCGUUUUCCGAUCCGGACAUCCCGAGCUUUCAUUACGGCUCGCAUUAUAGCACUGCGGGGGUGGUGCUGUUCUACCUCCUCCGGUUGGAACCGUUCACGGGACUGCACCGGUCGCUUCAGGGGGGCAAGUUCGACCACGCCGACCGGCUGUUUCACAGCAUGGAAUCCGCCUGGACGAACUGCCUGACGAACACGAGUGACGUCAAGGAACUAGUGCCGGAGUUUUUCUACCUGCCCGAGUUUCUGGAGAACGCGAACGGGUACUGGCUGGGCGUGAAGCAGGACGGGGCGCGCCUGGGGGACGUCGUACUGCCGCCUUGGGCCAAGGGCUCCGCGUCCGAGUUCGUCCGCCUCCACCGCGAGGCGCUCGAGUCCGAGUACGUGUCCGAGCACCUCCACGAGUGGGUCGACCUCAUCUUCGGCUACAAGCAGCGCGGCAAGUUCGCCGUCGAAGCCGCCAACGUCUUCUACUACCUCACGUACGAAAACGCCGUCGAUUUGGACGCGAUCGAAGACGCGGUGGAGCGCGCGUCGGUGGAAGACCAGAUUGCAAACUUCGGGCAGACGCCCGUGCAGCUGUUCCGCAAGCCGCACCCGAAGCGCGGGCCGCCGAUCCCCGUCGCGCGGCCGCUCUACUACGCGCCUGCGUCCAUCACGCUGACGUCAGCCGUGCCCGCGGUACCCUCCCCGCCCGGCCAUGCUGCGCCAAUGAUGCCCCACCCCGCGGCGUUAGCUUUCACAGGGGUUGUGGACAACAAGGUGGUGACGAUCAGCCGGAGUCAGGUGAUGGUCUGCCGUGCGUGGAUCACCCCGCACACGCUCCAGGCGGGCAGCUUCAGCUUUUCGUCCAUGCAGGACCCCUUCUUCGGCGUCAGCUCCGAGCCGCACUGCCAACGCCGUGUGGGCGCACCCUUCUCUCCCGGGCUCGACGUCUCUCCGCUUUUGUUCUCCGCUCUCCGCAUCGGCGACCGCACGCUGCUCGUAACUGCUGGGCACUGGGACAACACCUUCAAGCUCUUCUCAGCGGACGACGGCCGGCUAGUGCAGAGCGUCUUACGUCACAAGGACGCGGUGACGUGUGUUGGCGUGUCGCCCGAGACUGGCGGGAGCCCCGGGGUGAUCGUCGCGGGGAGCCGCGACACGACGGUAACGGUCUGGGAGACGGUUACCGUUCUCGAGAAGGGGUACUCGGGGCGCGCGGUCGCGGACCGGCCGAGCCGGGUGCUCUGCGGUCACGAUGACGUCAUCAACUGUGUCGCGGUGUCACGUGACCUGGACGUCGUGGCGAGCGGGUCGAAGGACGCAUCGGUGAUCCUGCACACGCUCCGUAACGGGCGUUAUUUGCGGAGCUUUGCGCACCCGAGCAAGGGCUCGGUCGACCGGCUGGUGCUGAGCCGAAACGGGAUGGUUUUGUUGUAUAGCCACGAUGAUCUGAUGCUGCAUGUCGUUUCGCUAAAUGGCGCGUGGCUCGCGCACGCCGAAGCCAACGGACGGCUGAGCUGUAUAGCAGUGAGUACGUCGGGCGAUUUUAUAGUCACCGGGGGGGAGAGGGGCAGCAUCGUCGUUCGAUGGGUGCACGAUCUGCAAGUUGUGAGGAGAUACGAAGGCACCGGGGUCCCAAUCACGUCACUGCACGUCACGCCGGAAGAUUGCUUCCUGGUUGGGCUACAGGACGGGAGCUUGCUUAUCUUUUCGGUAGAAGCGCAGCAGUUGAAGAAGGGCGCUGCGUUCUUCAGCAUGGUGGCUGACGUGUAAUCUGGCAAUUGAUGUAGUUUUAGCAUACUGCAGCGUGAUCAAGAGCAGUGAGCGAAGUUUGGAAAAUUCUUGAUACUUGUACAAACGGCCUUGCUGCCAACUUUAGGCUGGCAGCGGUGGACGGGGGCGCUCUCUGGGGCCCUCAAGCAGCACAGAAGAAAAGCGCAAGCACUUAUAGACCUUGCUUUCACGUGUUGGACCUCUGUAUUCUUCUUUACCUCA